UCUUCAAUUUAUUUUUGCUUGUUUAAUUCUGAGUUGCUGAGUUAGGUUUAAUUCUGAGUUGCUGGGUUUAAGUUUGUGUUGCUGAGUAAAUAAUAAUGAUUUUGUUGAUGUUUGUUUAUUCUGAGUUGCUGAUUUUCUGAAAUGUUGUUGCUGAUUAUGGGAAAUGAAAGAUGUUGCUGAUUUUCUGAUGGUCUUGUUUAAUUCUGAGUUCCGGAGUUAGGUUUAAUUGUAAGUUGCUGGGCUUAAGUUUGAGUUGUUGAGUUAAUAAUAAUGAUUUUGUUGAUGUUUGCUUAUCCUGAGUUGCUGAUUUUUUGAAAUUUUGUUACUGAUUAUGGGAAAUGAAUGAUGUUGUUGCUGAUUUUCUGAUGGUCUUGUUUAAUUCUAAGUUGCUGAGGUAGGUUCAAUUGUGAGUUGCUGGGCUUAAGUUUGAGUUGCUGAGUUAAUAAUAAUAAUUUUGUUGAUAUUUGCUUAUUCUGAGUUGCUGAUUUUCUGAAAUGUUGUUGCUGAUCAUGGGAAAUGAACGAUGUUGUUGUUGAUUUUCUGAUGGUUAAAUAUUGUUGGCUGUAUGUUAAACAUUAUGUUUGUCAUUUACUGAAUGAUUUGACUGUUUGAAGUUGUUUAUGAGCUUUUAUUGAUAAAUUAUUGAUAAUUUAUUAGGUGAAAGUGAAAUUCUAAAUUUUAUUAGGUUAAAAAUGAUUGCAUUUAAAUAUUUGGAAUUAUAUGUUGAAUUUUUAAUAAUUUUAUUUAAUAUUUAAUUAAACCGGUUGAAUUCUGGUUGAACUUACCAGUGAAUUAGUCACUUUCCCGGUUCAUUGGCCGGUCCGGUUAUCACAACCUUGAAAAGAGCGAAACAAAGGGUCAAAUAAAAUUGGUAAAUUGCAAAUAACAGAAUUCUCUAUAUUCAUAGUGUUUAUUUGUUUGUUUAUUUAUUUAUUUAUUAUUAUUUAUAUUCAUAGUGUUUAUGUAUUAUUAUAUAUUUUCUAACUUCUAAAAACGGAAUCAAACUUGCCAAUUCAACUCGAUAAAAUGGAAUCAAGCCUCUAACCGGUCUUAUUGAAACAAGUCUUAUUGAAAUAAAGAAUCGAUAAAAAAAUUGGUACAAAAAUCAGCAAAAUGGGUGAAAAUGUUGAAUCAGAUCGUUUUUAUUGAAAAAAUCGGUUAAAAAAAAUAAUUUUUUCUAAAAUUACUUUUUUGAAAAAUAUAUUAUAUGAAAAAGAAGAAAGUUUUAAAUCUCUUUAUAUUCAAAUUUCCAGAAAUCUUGUGAAAUUGGCAAAUUGCUUUUGUAACAAGUUAGGAUCAAUUUAUCAAAAUUGGCAUCUGAUCUUGUCAUUCCUGUGAGUAUUUGAUCACUGGUUUAACCAAUAAAUUAGUUGCUGAAUCACAGUAUUAUAAUUACAUAAAUAUAUAAAAUUAUUACAAAAAUAAUUAAAAUAAUUAAUGCAAUUUGUCUUCAACAAUUUACAUUAAUCAAGUAUCAAUUUUCGUAACAAUUAAACUUUGCACAACUAAAUCAACCAAUCAACUCAUUAACUAAAUCAACCAAUUAAUGGCUCGGCCCGGAUAGCACUGGGUAACAAGGUUUCCGGUCUCACCGGAUGAAUCGAACCAGCUUUGGCAUGAGAUCUCGUUCUGCUGUGUUUAUAGUUUGCUUUUCCUGUCUUGAUCGGCAAUAUUUUAUUGUUUAUAGUGUGUAGCUGAGAUGCGAGUCUGAGACUGUUCAGUUUCUAAUUUUGGAUUCGAUGCAAGCAACUAAACCGUAUUCUGUAGAUUACAAUGUAAUUAGCUUUCAUUUUAUUUGCUUCAUAUUAAGAGAUUAGGGUAUUGAUCCUAACUCAUUACAAAAGCAAUUUGCCAAUUUCACAAGAUUUCUGAAAAUUUGAAUAUAAAGAGAUUUAAAAAUUUCUCUUUUUUUUCAUAUAAUAUAUUUUUCAAAAAAGUAAUUUUAGAAAAAAUUAAUUUUUUAACCAAUUUUUUCAAUAAAAAAUGAUCUGGUUCAACAAAUUCACCCAUUUUGGCGAUUUUUGUACCAAUUUUUUGUAUCAAUUUUUUGUUUCAAUAAGACCGGUUAGAUGUUUGAUUCCAUUUUAUCGAGUUGAAUUGGCCAGUUCCAUUCCGUUUUUUGAAGUUAGAACCAUGCAAUUUCAUCCGAAUGAUUGCAAUUUAGCUAUGAGAAUAGAAUCACAUUGAACUAGCUAGUUUGAUCGGGGUAACGGAAAACCUGUGUUGAGUCUUGAUUUAGUCCAAUCCUCGUUUGAUCGUACUCCGUGCCUGGUCAUUGUUGUUCGAAUCUUGGCUUGUUUUGGAUCAAGGUACAAAUCAAUUGUGAGCGAAGUGGUCAAAAAUUGAAGGAACUUAUAAAUUAAUAAAUUUUUUAGCUGUUAAUCCAUUUAAAAUAAUUAAAUACAAAAAAUUAAUUUUUUAAAUAUAUAUUAUUUUAUUUUAUUUUAUUCAAUUCUAAUUAAAAAAUAUAAAUUAAUUUAACUUUACAAAAUAAAUAAAAAUAUAUAAUAAAAAAAUUAAACAAACAAAUAAACACUAUGAAUAUAAGUUUUGUACAGAGAAUGUAGAAUUUUUUAAUUUCUUUAUUAUUUUAUGUUUUUGUUAUUUGCAAUUCACCCAUUUUAUUUGAUCCUUUAUUUCGCUCUUUUCUGGGUGGAAGAUUCCUAAUUUCCUAUCUAAUAUGGGAUGGUUAACAGAAAAUAUAUAAGCAAAAGCCUAGAAAUAAAAUUGAAUAGGAUCAAAACAUCAUCCUUAUUGGGCAUAAAUCUAUUCAUGAAUAUAAAAUAAAGAAGAAAAUUGGAUUUUGCGGAGACCAUACUCUAAAUUUUGUAGACACAGACAAAGCAUGAACAGUUAAACACGUUUAUUUUUUUUUUUCCAAGUAUAUUCCAGCUUCUUAAAGCUAAUUCAAUUCUCUUAUCUCACAGCAAUUUUUUCUGAUACUAUAAUCAUGUAUUUGAGAGAUGGGUGUUCCUUGUUGUUAAAAGUGCGCAAGCCUUCAAUUCCCUUGGUGCUUAACACGAACCCAAUUUUCAAUCUUGAAAGUAAUUCCCAACCCCAACCCACUAAUGCUCCUCCUGUUGAAGAGUUCCAUGUAUUGAAGAGAUUGAAACAUGAGAGAGAUAUUGGUUUGGCGCUUGAAUAUUUCAAGUCUUUGGCCAAUUCUGGAGCUUUCAAGCAUACUCAAUUUACAUAUCAGCUCAUGAUUGAGAAGCUUGGGAGAAACUGUGAAAUGGAUGGUGUUCAGUAUCUAUUGCAGCAGAUGAAGCUUGAAGGUGUGGCUUGCUCUGAAGAUUUGUUCAUAUGUGUGAUGAAUUCAUAUAGGAGAGCAGGGUUGGCUGAUCAAGCUUUAAAGAUGUUUUAUAGGAUACGGGAAUUCGGGUGCAAGCCCACAGUUAAGAUAUACAAUCACCUUUUAGAUGCAUUGCUUGGUGAAAAUAGGUUUCAGAUGAUUAGUCCUGUGUAUAACAACAUGAAGGGUGAAGGGUUGGAACCAAAUGGGUUCACAUAUAACAUGCUUCUCAAGGCAUUAUGUAAGAAUGGGAAGGUGGAUGGUGCCUGCAAGCUGCUUGAAGAAAUGUCGAAUAAGGGUUGUCCUCCAGAUGCUGUGAGUUACACUACUAUAGUGUCUUCUGUAUGUAAACUUGGUCAAGUAGAGAAGGCAAAGGAGCUAGCCAAGGGGUUUGCUCCUGUAGUACCUGUCUACAAUGCUUUGAUCAAUGGCUUUUGCAAAGAAUACAAAAUAAAGGAGGCAUUUGGUUUGUUGAAUGAGAUGGUGUUUAAGGGCAUUGAUCCAAAUGUUAUCAGUUAUUCUACUAUUAUCAGUUGUCUUUCUGAUAUGGGAAAUAUUGACUUGUCUGUUGCUGCUUUUGCACAAAUGCUUAAGAGAGGAUGCAGCCCUAAUAUUCAUACUUAUUCUUCGCUCAUAAAAGGCUAUUUAUUGGGAGGGAAACUUGGUGAAGCUCUUGAAUUGUGGAACCUUAUGAUUAUGGAGGGAGUUAAGCCGAAUGUUGUUUCAUACAAUGCCCUCAUACACGGUUUGUGCUGCAUUGGGAAUAUGGCUGAUGCCAUAUCUAUUUGUAAUCAGAUGGAGAGAAGCUCUUGCAGUCCAAAUGUGACCACAUAUAGCACUUUAAUAUCCGGUUUCGCAAAAGCUGGGGACUUGCUAGGUGCCUCUGCAAUAUGGAACAAGAUGAUAAAUUGCGGUUGCCAUCCUAAUGUUGUGGUAUACACCACUAUGGUGGAUGCUCUUUGUCAAAUGUCUAUGUUUAACCAAGUUCAUCGUCUCAUUGAAAAUAUGGUUGCUGAUGGUUGCCCACCAAAUGUUGUCACAUUCAACACAUUGAUCAAGGGCUUGUGUGCUAACGGAAGAGUAGAAGGGGCCAUGAGUGUACUUCAUCAGAUGGAGAAAUAUGAUUGUUUGCCUAAUAUUAGAACAUAUAAUGAGUUGUUGGAUGGUCUUUUUAGGGUGAACAGAUUCAGAGAAGCUUGUGGACUUAUAAAGGAUAUUGAAGAUAGGAAUGUGGAACUAAAUACAGUUACUUACAACAUUAUUAUGCAUGGGUUUUCUUCUGUUGGGAUGCAAGAACGGGUUUUCCAAAUUCUGGCAAAAAUGUUGGUGAAUGGAGUAAAUCCCGACGCCAUUACAGUCAAUAUAAUUAUUCAUGCAUAUAGUAAGUUGGGUAAGGUUAGAACUGCCAUGCAAAUUUUGGAUAAAUAUACUGAAGAAAAGGAGUUGUAUCCAGACUGGUUAGGCACUGAAGAAGCCAUUGUGUAUCUUCAUAAUAAGAUGUUGAGUAAAGGAAUCUUUCCCAAUGUUGCCACUUGGGAUGUGUUAAUUCGAGGUUUCUUUAACAACUUGGGUCAUAUGGGACCAACACGUAUCUUGGAUGAUAUCUUGGGAAAUGGAUGACAAGCAAUUUUCAGAUUCUUUAAUGAUUGAAUAAUGAUGGCCUUAAAUUAUGGUAUUCACCCGCCUACUAAGAUUCCUAUUCCAGUCCCGCCAUCUCCAUCAGCAAAGGGCGAUGAGCCACAGAGACGACCUCUACAGCUAAGUGAGCAAGGCCAAGUCCUUGAGAUUGCCAUUGAAACCGCUGCAAAUGCUGUUCUAGAUCUUAAGGAUAGCCUAAAUGAUUGGGACAGUAAAGUUGGUGAUGGUGACUGGAUCAACUGAGUC